AGUUUUCAUAGCUGCAGAGGAUUGUUGUGCAUGUGACAGACUCUAUAUAUAGUGACUCAUUGAGAGGCCAAAGAGUGCGAACAAUUUGUAUCUUAAAGAGAAUGGCUUACACACAAGGUUUCUUGCAGCUCCGUGCCCUAACCACUCCUCUUAGAGUUUCGCCAAAAUGGGAACUUAGGACCGCAAAACCAAACCGCAUUGUUUGCAAGGCACAGAACGAGGAUGUCGAAGACAGUGAUGCCACCAACCUUAGCCUUCUCUCUCGCAGAUUGGCCCUCGGCACUGCGCUCAUCGGCGGUGCUGCUGCUGCCGGCACUAAGGCCUCACCUGCUGGUGCUGUUGAUAUAGCACCCUCUGUGGAACCUCCACCUACCACAAUACCAAGUUAUGAUAACGAGGAAUAUCCUGCAUCCAUUGUCGAUGCUCUUUCCCUCAAUCGAACCAGUUUUCCCGAGGGCUUCAUUUUCGGGACGGCGUCCUCGGCUUACCAGUACGAAGGAGCGGCAUCUAAAGAUGGAAGAGAAGCUAGUGUAUGGGAUACCUUCACCCAUGAACAUCCAGAGAAGAUAGACGAUGGAAGCAAUGCAGAUGUAGCAAUUGCCGAAUAUUAUCGCUACGUGGAAGAUAUUAAGAUAAUGAAGGAUAUGAAUCUGGAUGCAUACAGAUUCUCCAUCUCUUGGUCUAGAAUCCUACCAAACGGAAAGCCUGGUGAAAAUGAGGAAGGUGUAAACAAAAAGGGAAUAGAGUAUUAUAACAAGCUCAUCAAUCAUCUAAUAGCCAACGGUCUAGAACCCUACGUCACUCUUUUCCACUGGGAUACCCCUCAAGCUUUAGAAACAGAGUACGGAGGUUUCGCAUCUCGUCGCAUAAUAGAUGAUUUUCGAAACUACGCACAAAUUUGUUUCAAAUACUUUGGAGACAGGGUGAAACACUGGAUUACACUAAAUGAACCAUGGGCUUAUAGUAGGGAAGGUUAUUCCGUUGGGUUGUUCGCACCAGGUCGUUGUUCUCCACAGCAAGAUCCAACUUGUCUUGGCGGUAAUUCAGCAACGGAACCUUAUAUAGUUACACAUAAUCUACUACUUGCUCAUGCAGCUGCUGUAGAUGAGUACAGGAAAGAGUACAAGGAAAGUCAAAAUGGAGAGAUAGGCAUAACACUUAUUUCUCGUUGGUUUGAGCCACAUGAUCCAGAUUCCGAAGAAGAUAAAAAUGCCGCUAAACGAGCACUUGACUUCUUGUUUGGAUGGUACAUGGAACCAUUGGCAUCAGGAAAAUAUCCACAGACUAUGCGUGACAGAGUAGGGGAUAGAUUGCCAGAGUUUACCGAUGAAGAAUCAACACUUGUUGCGGGUUCAUAUGAUUUUCUUGGAUUAAACUAUUACACCACUAACUAUGCUGCUAAUGAAACUGCACCCGGUCCCUUCCCUAGUUAUGAAUACGAUGCUGGUGUCAGAUAUUUAACUGAACGCGAAGGUAUUCCAGUAGGUACACCGACCGGUUCUAGCUGGUUAUUUGUGUGCCCCAAAGGAUUUAAAGAGUUGUUGCUCUAUGUGAAAGAAAAGUACCACAAUCCCUUGAUUUACAUAACUGAAAAUGGUAGGGGUAAUGAUAUCAAUGAAGAAACACUUGAAGAUGCUCUGCUAGAUACUUAUAGAAUCGAUUAUUAUUAUCGUCAUCUCUAUUAUCUACUUUCGGCAAUAAGGGAGGACGUGAACGUAAAAGGAUAUUUUGCAUGGUCACUCUUUGACAAUUUUGAAUGGAAGAAUGGUUAUUUAGUUGGAUUCGGGUUAUACCAUGUGGACAGAAAUGAUAAUUUGAAGCGACGUGCCAAACUCUCAGGAAAAUGGUUUCAGACUUUUCUUCAAAAGCCACAGCAAAAGCCAAGUCUCAAAGGAUAAUAGCAUCUCUAGCAAACACAUGUUACAAUAAUGUGAAAACUCUCUUAUGUCAUGUUUCUCAUUUAAUAAAUUUCAAUAAGUGUUUGUGUGUGUGCUGUUAAACUUUUUAUUAAUGGAAUCUACAUUUCAAUCUUUUUAAUAAUAA